CAAACUACAAGAGUGAUAACCCAACUCGAGGUUUUCCAAGUUGGGUGUAUUAAGAAACCUAAAAGCAUAUGAUUAGCCAAAUAAUUUUAACAUUUAAUUAUUUUUUUUAAAAAUAUGUAAAAUAAUCUAAACAAGAUUCCCAAAUGUCAUCACCACCUCUAUAUAUCUCCCCUACCCUCCAAAACCCACCAUGUCUCCAUCAUUACACAACACAGAUAAUCAAACACAAAAAAACAGAACAAUGUCUUCUUCUGAUUCCGCAACGGAAGCCAAGAAGUCAAACAAAAUCAGAGAGAUCGUAAAGCUCCAACAGAUUCUCAAGAAAUGGCGUAAAGCAGCUCAUGCAUCAAAACAAGCCAGCAACAAGAUCGACGAUGAAGAAAACAACAAUAAACUCAACAGAACAGGAAGUGGAAGUGCAAGUAAGGGCAUCAAGUUUCUGAAGAGGACACUAUCCUUCACUGAUGUAACAGCUGUUCCUAAAGGCUACUUAGCUGUCUCUGUGGGUAAGGAGGAGAAGAGAUACAAGAUACCGACGGACUACCUUAGCCACCAAGCUUUCCACGCGCUGUUGCGUGAAGCAGAAGAAGAGUUUGGGUUUCAACAAGCUGGUGUGUUGAAGAUUCCUUGUGAAGUUGCUGUGUUUGAGAGCAUUUUGAAGAUUAUGGAGGACAACAAGGCUGAUGUGUACCUUACUACACAGGAGUGUAGGUUCAAUGCAACGACUGAGGAAGUGAUAAGUUACCGUCAUCCUUCGGAUAUCCCUAGGACUCCAUCUCAUCAACCUCACAGUCCAAUGUGCAGAUAACUUUUUUUUUUGUUUUGUUUUGAUUUGCUUGUUGAUUGCUUUGAACCAUUCUUCUUCCUCUUCCCCAUGUUCCAACUUUUUCACUUGGGGAUUUGAACUUGUGUACUAAAAUGCGAGAGAGAUUUUUGAAUAAUGUAAUGUAUA